GUUGGAGACAUGAGAAUCUGAAAACUUCCAAGGAAUCAUGUACGCGGCUGUUUUCGGUUCCCAACCUGUCCUUCGCUAUCCCACGUUUGCCCUCUUCAGCAAACAGUGGUAUUUAGGAAAAUCUUCUCUUGCGCUGAAAGCUUGUUAAAUUUGGCAGAGUUUUCACCAUUGAUGCCCCUGGAGGGUUUAAAUCAGUUUAGCUUCUCAAACAUAAGGUGUCAUGCGGACAAAAGGGAAAAGGACCAAAAGAGAAACAAGCAGGUCUCUGCAAGAACUGAAAAGGGAGAUCAAAACCAGAGACCUGGAAGAGCAUUUGAUGGUAAUAGAUCCAAGUCACCUGACCAGCAAGAGAUAAUUGCUCUGCUCAGACGGAUACAGUUGUCCAUAUCAAAGGCUGACUCACAAGGCACCCCAAAAAGAAAUUCUCCUCCACACAAGGAUAAAUCCUCAGUUGAAGCAAUUCUGGAUGUUCUUCGAGACUCAGGAAAGCAAGUGAAAGACAAAGUUUCAAAGGAGAGCACAGAAAAGGAAGCUCUCAAGACAGAACCAAGCUCUACUUUGACGAGACUGCCAUCAAACUCUGUAAGGAAAUCGCCUAUUCCAUCGAUUCCAGCACCAAGAGGAAGAGUUCUCGAGCUAGAAGAUGAAUCAUCCGCAGCUAGUGGUGUGGAAGACAAGCAAGGCCAAUCUGACAGAACACUGGAGAGAAUGAAACUUCCAGAGCUAAAAGAACUAGCCAAGUCCAAAAAAAUCAAAGGUUACUCUAAACUCAAGAAACGUGAACUCAUCCAAGUACUAGGGUCCUAGAUAGCAUAGCAGUCCUCCUGAUCCUGACUGUCAAGAAGCCAGAUUGUUGAUUUGAACUUUAAAACAAAAUUUGAUUUUUUGUUAUUAAUGACACCUUACAUAGUUAUGGUUGAAAAAAGUUGGCUCAGAAGAGAAAUCAAACUUGCAAGUCCCUGUCAUCCAAAAAUUUUACCUGUGUUUUUUUUUUUUUUGGUCAGAAUUUUAUCUCUGUACUUGAUGCAACAAGAUGGUUCAUUCUAGCUCUACCUACGGAGUAAUAUUUCAUUAUAGUUGAUCUCA